AAACUCCUUUCUAAUAAUUAGGAAAGAAAGAAUUAAACUCUUAUCAAAAACUAGACUUAGAGUUCACCCUGCAGCCCUCUAGAACUGUCUAUCGGAUUGAACAGACUGGGUAGCCCCAGCCCUUCCCUACCUCCUCCUAUCCCUGCCAACCUCUCACCUCUAGGCCCUCCCCUUCAGUUACAACUUCCAGCAGAAUCCUCUUUGCUCUCCCGUGCUUCCAAGACCCGCAAGCGCCAUAUUUUACGCUUCGCUCCUCACGGCUCACCAACCAUGAGCACCCAGAUCCAGCAGAAUUAUUCCGCCCAGAUGGAGGCUGCACUCCAGCGCCUGGUGAACCUGCAUCUGCAGGCCUCCUACACCUACCUCUCUCUUCGCUUCUAUUUUGAAGGAGGCAACGAUGUAGCUCCGAAGGGCAUGGGCCGCUUCUUCCAAGAGUUAGCUGAGGAGAAGCGUGAGGGCACCCACCGUCUCUUUAAGAUGCGAAACCAGUGGAGCGGCUGCCCCUUCCUUCAGGACUGGCAAGAGGUGUCCCAAGAUGGGUGGCGUGGCAGCGUGGACGCCAUGGAAGCCGCCAUGGCCUUGGAGAAGAACCUGAACCAGGCCCUUUUGGAUCUGCAUGCCCUGGGUGCCGCCAACGGAGAUCCCGGUCUCUGUGACCUCCUCAAAAGCCACUUCCUAGAGGAGGAGAUGAAAGUCAUCAAGAAGAUAGGCGACCACCUCACCAACCUCCGCAGGCUGGCUGGCCCUCAGGCCGGGCCGGGCGAGUACCUCUUCAAAAAGCUCACCCCGCAGCACAACUUGGAGCCUCCCGUGCAGUGCCCAGCAGCCUUUGAGGAACCCGUCUGCAUUUACCCAGCAUCAAGAUGUCUGCUCGAGCUUCUUUCUUCCGCCAGAACGCAAAUUUUUAACCAUGCUGACAAGCUUGCUUAUGCUGUGAGAUCAAAUGGAAACAAAAAAGGUUGCUACCGAGAAUACUGAUGAUGACAUCAUACACUGACCAUCUCUAUGAAGCCUCUCAAGAGAAAUUUCUUUCUGGUCUCAGUAUUGCGAAUAACAGUUCUUUGCCUGGGUAAUUGAUUUGUUUUUGUUUUGUGGACACUGCAAAUGAUUAAGUUUCCUUUUCUGACUGCCUGUGAGAAAGCUUAGAGCCAAAUUUGUGGUCCACCCGGUGUCAAUGAGUGGGAUUGUAUAAGCAUUUCUACAGAAGCUUCAUUUCUGCCUCUUCUGUCACUAAUUUCUUGGUAUAUUUUAUGGUUUCUUUUAAGCCACCUUAAACCAUUUCUAGAACAAGGUUGUGUGUAAAUAGAUAAAUAAACUUUAAAAAUGCUGAUUGAAAAA